CUAGUCUAUCGCAGCUGAUAAACUGCUAGUAGAGAUGAUUUGAGAAACAACAGCAUGGAAAGUGAAAAAGUGGCGCAUGAAAUGUAAGCGUGGUGAAGCUGGUUUGUGAUGGUGCUGAAAGUAAGAAAUGAUGAGAAAGUGGUGAUCUAGAAGAACAACACAGAUGAAGGAUGGAAUAUGAGUAUUCUGCUUUCAGGAGGGAAGCUGAUACACACAAUACUUGUUGUGGUGGUUUAGUGUGGUGUAUUAAGGAUAUUUGUGGUAUCAUUUGUGCUAUUCUGACAUGGCUACUGAUACUGUAUGCAGAGUUUGUUGUUGUGAUGGUUAUUAUGGUUCCAAGUCCAUACCCUCUGUACAGCACAGUCAAUAUGGUUAUAUUUCAGACUUUUGCAUUCUUGGCCUUUGCUUCUCAUCUGAGAGCAAUGUUUACAGACCCAGGUGCAGUUCCAAAAGGAAAUGCCACAAAAGAGAUGAUCCAGCAAAUGGGUUUUCGAGAAGGUCAGGUUAUAUUCAAGUGCCCCAAGUGCUGUAGCAUCAAACCAGAAAGAGCACAUCAUUGCUCUGUUUGCCAAAGAUGUAUUAGGAAGAUGGAUCACCAUUGUCCAUGGGUCAAUAACUGUGUUGGUGAAAACAAUCAAAAGUAUUUUGUGUUGUUUACGUUUUACAUUGCAGCAAUAUCGGUGCAUGCACUGUUCCUGUCAAUCAACCAGUUCAUCAUAUGUGUUCGCCAUGAGUGGAAGGACUGUUCUACUUACUCACCUCCUGCCACUGUAGUUCUGCUGCUCUUCCUGGUCUUUGAAGCUCUUCUGUUUGCCAUAUUUACUGCUGUGAUGUUGGGAACACAGUUGCAGGCCAUCUGGAAUGAUGAAACGGGAAUUGAGCAACUGAAAAAGGAAGAGGCACGAUGGGUGAAGAAGUCCCGGUGGAAGAGCAUACAGGCAGUCUUUGGACGAUUUUCACUCGCCUGGUUCUCUCCAUUUACAAGGCCACCUUCUAAAUCAAAAGUUGAGAGCUACCUAUAUUCAGUCUGAAGCCCAAAGUCAGUGAGGUUACCUUGUAUUUUAAGCAACUAAUGACUUUUACAUUUUAAUCUGUACACACACAUGGCUGAAUGUUUAUAUUGAGAAUUCAUUGCAAAAUUUUUUAUGAGCUUUUCCAGACACCUGUAGUUUACCUGCUGUGAAGGCUCAGUGUUUUUUUCCAUCUUGCCUAUUGAGCAAGAUUAUUAUAAGGAGUGACAUAAAACUGUGGUUGUUGUUCUCACUGAAAAAUAAUGUACUUUCAUUUCACAGUGACUUUUUGAUAACAUUACUGUUUUGGUGCUAAGGUCACAUUUGUACACUUGUUCUCAUUGCUGCUGGCAUUGAAUACCUAAUGUCAGUAUGUAACUUUGGUCAUACUAGCCUGCUCAUCUCAGUCCUCUUCUGCCUAUUGAAUGUGUAUCAUAGCAUCUUUCAUUUUGACUGUGCAGAGUAUAAUAGUUUCUAUGUCUUGUGCACUGGGAGCACCUACGAUUGUAAUUAAAAAAGUGGAAAAUAACUAUCCCAAACUAAACUAUGAAAUAUAGUUGAUAGAAAAGAGGUCUAACCAUGUUAGAUAGCUAUGUUUAAGCUGACAAAAUAUCAGUUAUGUGCAAAUGGUACAUCAGAGUUUGCCCUAUAAACUUUUUUGAUCCGCAAGUCGAAAGUAACUAAGUGAAUGUUACUUGUAAUCAUUUUUGGAUAACCCAGUGUACAGUGAUCCAUAUCAUGAAAUUGACUUCUGCAGAAUUUGAGUGAUUUCAGCAUGCCAUACUGUCACGUAUUUACACGCAGUGUCCAGGCUAAAUUACAAUCAGACUGCAAACAGUGAAAUAAGACAGAAUACAAAAAGAGUCAAAAACCAACUUCUGUUUGUCUAGUUCCUACGUUAUUUAUUAUAUUGUGUUCUGUAUCAUGACAUUCCUGUCCCAGUGCGGUACAAAUCAAUUUUAUGGUAAAUACUUAUUUCAUAUCAUCAAUUUGUUGGAUUUGCCAUGUUUGCUCAGAAAUGGUUUGGACUACUGUGACAUGUUCCUGUAGUGGCCAUAUAUUUCUCAAAACUGGCUUAAUGUCUGUAAGCACUUCUUGCAAAACAAAAUGUACUCUUUCAUAAAACCAUCACAGUUUAUUGAAUUCCUUAGCCAUAUAUUUUUUAUCAUUUGUUAUAAUUAUAUACAAAGAAGACAUGGUCUUUAUUGCUGUCAUUGUGAAGGUGGCAUUAAAUAGUUUAGUACACAUCAAUAGUAUUACCUACUGACAGCAUGAUUCUCUAAACAGUGUAUAAUAUGUAUUUCCUAUUUUUGUACAGUUGUAUAUACUAAUUCUGUUAAAUAGCAAUGCUUUUUGUAUCCAACAAAGAAAAUUGGUAAAUGGCAUGACCAUUGUCAGUACUGUGAUUUCCUCAUCUGUUUUAUUUGUUUUGUAUUAUAUGUUGAAUAAAUAUUGCCAACAAAUGUCAGUUCUUUUGGUACAGUAUAAAAGUAUUAUUUUUGACUGUACACAUACAUUUCACAUCUUUGAUUCAGAUAUGUUGUAAUAUUAAUUAUUCAAUUGAGGUUUCACAAUCAUUUUCAGUUGCGUAAUAAAUGUCAUAAGAUAUUUCACUGUGGAUUUGAUAGCCAUCAUAUGUUGAGGGUGACAAGAUAUUAAGAAAAAAAUAUGUACUUGAGGGCAUUGGUGUGUGGUUCUCACAGAAGACAGAAAGUAUUCAUGCCAUUCCCCAAAAUUUUAACAUUCCAUACUUUCCAGUAUCCUCUUCUUUCUCAGUACUGCCAGUGUGAUGUUAUGUUUAAUGGUGUAUAGAUAGUGUGUGUUUAUGCAAUAAGUACCUGCUUUCUGUAAUAUAUUUUGUGAUUAUAAAGCUAUGAGCUUUCAAACAUUCCUUAAAACAAAAUGAAAAAUGCAAAUCUCAGGAAUGAGUAUGAUGACAUAUAUAUUUAUUUUACUUGAAAGAUAUUAUUAAUAUGGUUGUCAUAGAUAGCUAAGCAAAAAUGUGUGAUAUUUCAGAACUAUCUCUCUUUGGAAUCUAAAGAGAAAACAAGGAAAUGUGUGGAAAGUAAAAUGGUUGUUACGAGAAGAAUAUGCCAGUCAGAAAAGGAUCAGACUAGAACGCUAGAUGUAAAAGAAAGUUGUAAGGAGGACAUACCAAAAUCUGUUAAUUGCUUGUGCAGCAUUCACUCUACUUCAUAUUUAAUAUUUCUUUCAACUUUUUGCUUUUGAACUACUCAUCUUGUGUUUUAAUGUUUUCUAUGUAUUUUCUUUUUUCUUCUGCUCUUUUCAACACCCAAAAUGAAAACAUUUGGGCUGCAGUUCUUCAUUGAUUUCUUUGAAUAAUGCCACUGGCAUCAUGCACUUGUGUAUUGUUAGAGUAUAGUAUUUUCUGUGACCAUGGGACAGUAAAAUUUCACUGAUAUGCAUUUUCGGAGAUUUCAUAGAAUGGCUUUGUCUAAGUAGUAAAAAUGAUGAAUACACAUAUAUCACUUCACAUAUUUUGCUAUACUAAUGUUUUUAAACCUUUUUAACUAAUUUCAUUUACUAAAGACAUCUGAGUUUUACUGUUGAUUCGGAGGACCAGCUCUGAGAUUUAUUAUAUUGUAUUUGUCAACAAGACCUUACAAACUCUUCCUUGUGUUACUCUGACUCCUGCCCCCCCCUCCCAAAUUCCACUCUCCUCUCCUCAAAAAUGAUAAAAGCUGUCCUCAGUGGUGCUGUACUAGGCAUGGCCCUGUUGCAGGCAUAUGCCCUUGCCUUCCUUCACUCUUUGAACUGACUUAACCAGCUAGUUGUAGGGGGGCCUACAGUUUAACUGCUCUCUGAACUAUGGUGCAGCUCCUAAUUUUUUGUGCUAACAAACAUUACAAGUUGUGAAACUCAGUGCACUGACUGGGGAUUCUGGGGAUUGAACCUUGGAACUUUGGACUGAUAGUCAGAAGGCCCAAAGAGGGAAAGCUGUUAAUUCUAUCUGAUUUGUUCUAGAUUUCAUCACCCCAAUAAUUACUGUUUCAUUGGCAUAUAAUUGCACACUUGUUAAAAGAUUUUUGGAUAAAGAUAAACAAUCUUUAUUGAUAAUUCUUACUUGUCUAUAACAGUUUGUGUUUGAGAGCUCUCCACUUGUCACUUGCUCUGUGUGUACUGUUCUCUUGCAGUGAAGAUGGGAGUCUCUUUUCAAAGUUUUCAUUGUUUUGCCUCAAACAGCAACCUCAUUUACUCCUUUCACUUUGUCCUCCCAAAUUUUUCUAAAUGUUACUACAGUUCUCUGCUAUUGUUUAUCCAUUGCUAGCUUUUAUUUUAUUUUAUACCUUGUUCUUCUCUGCUGUCUUUUAAACACUUAUUUACCUACUUUUUACUU